AAUUUCGAUAUAUAAAAGGCGUGAGCACACUACACUCUGCCCUUUUUGUCCACUCCGCUUGCAACUCCUAAAACCCUAAAGCUCAGGAGCUCUCAUCCACUCCAAUGGCGUCCAACGGUACCAAUCCAAUGGAGUCACUGUUGGCUAUUGCUCCCUCCGUCUCUACACCGUCCACCACCCGCCGCAUUCAGAUCUUCGGCUGCCAGAUUCCCUCCAUCCUCAACAGUUCAGGCUCUUUGCAGAUGACUACCGAGUUUGUAUCACUGUUGGUCGAUCUACUUUUUCAAACGUUAUCCAUCUAUGAUGACCGUGGAUCAAGGAAAGCUGUGGACGAUGUUAUUAUUAAAGCUUUAACUGAAGCUGCAUUUAUUAAAAGUUUUGCAGCCACCCUUGUACAGGCCAUGGAAAGGCAUUCAAGAUUCCAAUCACUGACAGGAGGUUACAGGCUUCUGAAGUGGUCAUGUUUCCUCUUAAUUCAUAGUCAGUUUGCUUUGUUAUCAAAGAAUGCACUGUGUAGAGUAGCCCAAGCGCAGGCAUCAGUACUUCAUAGUGUCAUGCAAGAAUCAUUUCGUAUGAGAAGGGCUUGUAGAAAAACACUUUUUCAUUUGUUCACUAAGUCACCAGAUAUAUACAAAACAUACAUGGAGGAAUUGAAAGACGGAAGGAUACCGUAUAAAGAUAGUCCAGAGUUAAUAUAUCUGAUGCUUGAUUAUUUGAAUGUGAAUCCCGCUUCAUUUGAUAGAUGGAAGGACACAUUUCUUGACAUAUACGUUAAAGCAGUUCUAAAUGCUAAGGAGAAGCCCACAGAGGGACUCAGUGGAGCUUUCCUUCCACUAUUUAAUCGUUUGUCACAUGAAGAUUUUAAGAGCACUAUACUGCCAUCAGCUGUCAAGAUGUUGAAGCGGAAUCCAGAGCUUGUCCUCGAAUCAAUUGUAGCUCUUCUGAAAUCUGUUAACCUUGAUAUGAGUAAAUAUGCCAUUGAAAUUCUUGGAGUGGUAUUACCACAAGCUAGACAUGCAGAUGAAGGAAGACGACUUGCUGCUUUAGUCAUAGUUAGGUGCUUGAGCCAAAAGUCCAGCAGUCCUGAUGCUGUAGAGGCUAUGUUUAGUGCUGUCAAAUCUGUAAUGGGAGGUUCGGAAGGCAGACUUACAUUUCCAUACCAGAGAUUUGGCAUGAUCAACGCAUUGAGAGAAAUUUCAUAUGCUCCUGAAGGAAAAUAUUUCAGCAGCUUGUCACCAACUGUAUGUGGAUUUCUGUUGUCCUGUUACAAGGAGGAUGGAAAUGAAGAGGCAAAGCUUGCAAUUUUGUCCUGUUUAGCAUCUUGGGCUGUAAAAUCAGCAGAUGCGAUUUCCGUGGAUCUAGUUACUUUCAUUGUCUCUGGGCUCAAAGAUAAGGAAACACUGAGAAGGGGUCAUCUUCGUUGUCUGCGAUUAAUAUGCAAAAAUACUGAUGCGGUUAUAAGGAUGUCAUCCUUACUGCUGCCUCUUCUCCAACUAGUCAAAACUGGUUUUACAAAAGCUGCACAGAGAUUGGACGGUAUUUAUGCACUUCUAUGUGUGGCUAAAAUUGCUGCUGUUGACGUCAAAGCAGAUGAAACUGUGACCAAGGAGAAGAUUUGGCAGUUGAUAUUGCAGAAUGAACCUACAAUUAUUCCGAUUCCUCUGACAUCCAAAUUAUCAGUUGAAGACUUGAUGGCUUGCGUUGACCUUGUUGAGGCUCUGCUUGUUGAUUAUCCCCAAAGGCUCUUGGAGAAUUUUUCUUCCAAAGCUUUCAUGCAGUUUAUAUUGUUUAUGCUCUGUCAUCCUAAUUGGGACAUAAGGAAAGCAGCUCAUGGCAUUACCAAGAAGAUUCUUGUUGCAUCUCCUCUAAUAUCUGAGGCUAUUGUACUUGAAUUUUCCAGUUACCUCUCUGCAGUAGGAGAAAAAGCAACUCUUCUUAAUAUGAGUGAUACAGACAAUGUGUUAGAUUCUCAAGUUCCAUUCCUUCCACCAGUUGAGGUUUUGGUGAAGGCAUUAGUUGUACUUGCAUCUGCCGUUUCAGCUAGCACACCGGAUGCUUGUUUGCAGCUCCUGUUUUGCUCACAUCACCCGCAUAUUGUCGGGACUCAUAAAAAAGACGCAGUUUGGAGGAGGGUGCGAAAAUGUUUGCAGAAGUUGGGCUUUGAUGUGAUUGGUCUUGUUACUGCUAAUGUUGCCAAGUUAUGCGAGGGCUUAUUAGGUUCCAAGGGAUUGAUGAAUCCUAAUUACCUGGAACAAGAAGCGGCUAUAAAUUCCUUGUCAACUAUGAUGUCUAUUAUGCCAGGAGAUACGUACGCACAGUUUGAAAAGCACUUCAUCAACCUUCCAGAUCGUAUGGCGCAUGACAAACUCUCAGAAACUGAUAUUCAGAUUUUUCGUACUCCUGAAGGAAUGCUUUCAACUGAGCAAGGUGUUUAUAUUGCGGAGUCUGUUAAGCCCAAGAAUGUGAGGCAAGCAAAAGGGCGUUUUCGACUUUAUGAUAACGAUGAUGACAUGGAUCAGGUUAGCUCUAAUCACUCAGUUGUCAGCUCAAAUCAUUCUACAAGGCGUGAUGUAACCAAUAAAGAGGUUGCUGGUGCUGGGAAAAAAGAUGCCGCAAAAUCAAUAAAGAAAACUGAGAAGACAAAAACAGCAAAAGAAGAAGCUCGUGAAGUACAGCUUAGAGAAGAGGGUCACAUUCGUGAGAAGGUCAUGUCAAUUCAGCAGAAUGUUUCAUUGAUGCUCAAAGGUUUGGGAGAAAUGGCUUUAGCUAAUCCCGUAUUUACACAUAGCCAACUUCCUUCUUCGGUUAAGUUCGUCAAUCCUUUACUUGGUUCGCCAAUCGUUGGUGAUGCUGCGUUCGAGACGUUGGUGAAACUUUCAAAAUGUACUGUCGACCCUCUUUGCAAUUGGGCUCUUGAGAUUGCAACUGCUUUACGACUGAUUGCCAUAGAAGAAACUAGUGUCUUGUGGGAGUUAUUUCCAUCUGUAGGCGAAGGGGAAGCCAAUGGAGGACCAUCUUUGGGUCUUUUUGAACGUUUGCUCAGUGGCCUAACCAUUUCUUGCAAAUCUGGACCUCUUCCUGUUGAUUCAUUUACAUUUAUUUUUCCGGUAAUUGAGAGGAUACUGCUUUCUCCUAAGAAGACAGGUCUUCAUGAUGAUAUUCUCCAGAUACUUUUCUUGCACAUGGAUCCUAUUUUACCUCUCCCAAGGAUUCAAAUGCUAUCAGUUUUGUACUAUGUUCUAGGUGUAGUUCCUGCAUACAAAAGAUCUAUUGGCCCAACAUUGAAUGAGUUGUGUCUGGGUCUACGACCCGAUGAAGUAGCACCUGCUUUAUCAGGCGUUUAUGCUAAAGACAUUCAUGUUAGAAUAGCUUGCUUAAGUGCUGUAAAGUGCAUUCCUGCUGUCUCCAAUUGUUCGAUUCCUCAAGAUGUUGAGAUUGCGACACGCAUAUGGCUUGCUUUGCAUGACCCAGAAAAGUCAGUUGUGGAAGUGGCUGAGGAUGUAUGGGAUUGUUACCGUUAUGACUUUGGUACCGAUUACUCUGGGCUUUUUAAAGCACUGUCGCAUGUUAACUAUAAUGUUCGAGUUGCUGCAGCAGAGGCACUCGCAGCUGCUUUGGAUGAAAAUCCUGAUACAAUACAGGAAUCUCUGUCGACUUUGUUUUCUUUAUACCUCCGAGAUGUUGGAUUUGGUGAGGAGAACAUUGAUGCUGGUUGGAUUGGUAGACAAGGAAUUGCUUUGGCUUUACUUUGCGUGUCAGAUGUUCUUCGAACCAAAGAUCUUCCUGUUGUGAUGACAUUUUUGAUAUCACGAGCUUUGGCUGAUCCCAAUGCGGAUGUUCGAGGACGAAUGGUUGAUGCUGGUAUUAUGAUUAUUGACAAGCAUGGAAGAGAUAAUGUUUCUUUGCUAUUUCCAAUAUUCGAGAAUUUCUUGAACAAAAAGGCAUCAGAUGAGGAAAAAUACGAUUUGGUACGUGAAGGUGUGGUUGUCUUCACAGGAGCAUUGGCAAAGCAUUUAUCAAAGGAUGACCCAAAAGUUCAUACUGUUGUGGAGAAGUUGUUGGAAGUGUUGAACACUCCUUCUGAAGCUGUACAACGAGCAGUUUCCACCUGCCUUUCCCCGUUAAUGCAAUCAAAGGAGGAAGAAGCAGCAGCUCUGAUUUCCAGACUGCUUGGUCAGCUGAUGAAGAAUGACAAAUACGGUGAGCGUCGCGGAGCAGCAUUUGGACUAGCUGGAGUGGUUAAAGGAUUUAGAAUAUCGUCUUUGAAGAAGUAUAAUGUUAUGAUAACCUUGCGUGAUGGUCUUUCAGACAGAAGUUCUGCCAAAAGCCGAGAAGGAGCUUUGCUGGCAUUUGAGUGUUUCUGCGAAAAGCUGGGAAGAUUAUUUGAACCAUAUGUGAUCCAACUGUUGCCCCUUCUCCUGGUUUCCUUCUCCGAUCCAGUCGCUGCUGUUCGAGACGCCGCUGAAGGUGCAUCUCGUGCAAUGAUGUCUCAACUUAGUGCUCAUGGGGUCAAACUUGUUCUUCCAUCCCUCUUAAAGGGCCUUGACGAUAAAGCUUGGAGAACAAAGCAAAGCAGUGUACAGCUACUAGGUGCCAUGGCUUUCUGUGCUCCACAGCAACUGUCUCAAUGUCUUCCCAAGAUUGUUCCAAAGUUGACUGAGGUCCUUACGGAUACUCACCCUAAAGUUCAGUCAGCUGCGCAAACAGCCCUUCAGCAGGUUGGAAGUGUGAUUAAAAAUCCAGAAAUAUCUGCUCUUGUCCCUACACUUUUGAUGGGUCUCACAGAUCCCAAUGAUUAUACAAAGUAUUCUCUUGAUAUUCUUCUCCAGACAACAUUCAUAAAUACUGUAGAUGCUCCUUCUCUUGCACUUUUGGUUCCCAUAGUCCACAGAGGUCUUAGAGAAAGAAGUGCUGAGACAAAGAAGAAAGCUGCACAAAUAGCAGGAAACAUGUGUUCAUUAGUUACAGAACCAAAGGAUAUGAUUCCUUACAUAGGUUUGCUUCUCCCUGAAGUGAAAAAGGUCUUGGUAGAUCCAAUUCCUGAAGUUAGAUCAGUUGCUGCGAGAGCGCUUGGUUCUCUUAUAAGAGGAAUGGGGGAAGAGAACUUCCCAGACCUUGUCCAAUGGUUAUUGGAUGCUCUGAAGUCGGAUGGUAGUAAUGUUGAGCGGUCUGGAGCUGCUCAAGGGCUGAGUGAGGUAUUGGCUGCACUUGGAACAGAAUAUUUUGAGGACCUUCUACCUGACAUUAUUCGGAACUGCUCCAAUCCGAAGGCUUCAGUUCGAGAUGGUUACUUGUCCCUUUUUAAGUAUCUGCCGAGGUCUUUAGGUGUUCAGUUCCAGAAGUAUUUGCAACAAGUUUUGCCUUCUAUUUUAGAUGGUCUUGCUGAUGAGAAUGAGUCUGUACGAGAUGCGGCACUCAGUGCUGGUCAUGUCCUGGUUGAGCAUUAUGCAACUACAUCUCUGCCGCUGCUCCUUCCUGCUGUGGAAGAUGGUAUAUUCAAUGAUAAUUGGCGUAUUCGGCAAAGCUCUGUGGAAUUAUUAGGCGACCUUUUGUUCAAGGUUGCUGGAACAUCUGGAAAAGCACUUUUGGAAGGCGGAAGUGAUGAUGAAGGUUCUAGUACCGAAGCGCAUGGCCGAGCUAUUAUUGAAGUACUUGGAAGAGAUAAACGUAAUGAAAUUCUUGCUGCCUUAUACAUGGUUCGUACUGAUGUCAGCCUAGUCGUUCGCCAGGCAGCAUUGCAUGUAUGGAAGACUAUAGUUGCUAACACUCCGAAAACUCUGAAGGAAAUAAUGCCAGUGUUGAUGAACACAUUAAUCACUUCUCUGGCUUCAUCAUCUUCGGAGAGGCGACAGGUUGCUGGACGGUCAUUGGGUGAGCUUGUUAGGAAGCUUGGUGAAAGAGUGCUUCCUCUAAUUAUUCCUAUUUUGUCGAAGGGUCUUCGUGACUCAAACCCAAGCCGAAGACAAGGUGUCUGCACUGGUCUGAGUGAGGUGAUGGCUACAGCUGGUAAAAGUCAGUUGCUGACUUUCAUGGAUGAGCUGAUUCCAACAAUCCGAACAGCUCUUUGUGAUAGCACGCCCGAGGUCCGUGAGUCUGCAGGCUUAGCAUUCAGUACCCUUUACAAGAGUGCUGGACUGCAAGCAAUUGAUGAAAUUGUUCCUACGCUGCUUCAAGCUUUGGAAGAUGAACAGACUUCUGAUAAUGCUCUUGAUGGCCUCAAGCAAAUCUUGAGUGUCAGGACUACUGCUGUGCUACCUCAUAUCCUCCCUAAGCUUGUCCAACUUCCAUUGUCCGCCCUCAACGCACAUGCUUUGGGAGCUCUAGCGGAGGUUGCAGGAUCUGGUCUUGAUUUCCACCUUGGUACAAUACUUCCUGCUUUACUGGCUACGAUGGGUGGUGGUGCUGAGGAUGCUCAACAAUUAUCAAAGAAGGCUGCAGAAACGGUUGUCUUGGUGAUUGAUGAGGAAGGCAUUGAAUCUUUGAUAUCAGAGCUUCUAAAAGGCAUCGCUGAUAGUCAGGCUUCAAUAAGAAGAAGUUCUUCGUACCUGAUUGGCUAUUUCUUCCAAAAUAGCAAAUUGUAUCUGGUUGAUGAAGCCCCAAACAUGAUAUCUACGUUGAUUAUUUUGCUUAGCGACUCGGAUUCUGCUACAGUUGCGGUUGCUUGGGAAGCAUUGUUGAGGGUUGUAAGUUCGGUGCCUAAAGAGAUUCUACCUUCAUAUAUGAAGCUUGUCCGGGAUGCAGUGUCAACAUCUAGGGACAAAGAACGCAGAAAGAAAAAGGGAGGACCAGUUCUGAUUCCAGGAUUCUGUCUCCCAAAAGCUCUCCAACCUAUACUGCCUAUCUUUCUCCAGGGUCUUAUAAACGGAUCAGCUGAACUAAGGGAACAAGCAGCUUUGGGGCUUGGAGAAUUGAUUGAAGUGACAAGCGAGAAAGCCCUUAGAGAAUUUGUUAUUCCUAUUACAGGCCCGCUGAUCCGGAUCAUAGGUGACCGGUUUCCUUGGCAAGUAAAGAGUGCUAUCCUGUCAACUUUGAGCAUCAUAAUACAGAAGGGUGGGAUGGCCCUGAAGCCUUUUCUUCCCCAACUUCAAACAACUUUCGUCAAGUGCCUACAAGAUAAUACAAGGACUGUUCGAUCAAGUGCUGCCUUUGCUCUCGGGAAGCUUAGUGCUCUCAGUACUAGGAUUGAUCCUUUAGUUGGUGAUCUUUUAUCUGGUCUGCAGGCAUCAGAUGUUGCGAUUCAGGAGGCAAUAUUGACAGCUUUGGAAGGUGUGAUAAAAAAUGCCGGAAAAAGUAUAAGCAGUGUUGUUAUAACUCGUGUCUACACACAGCUAAAGGAUAUGAUAUAUAGUGAAGAUGAUCAAAUACGAAGUUCUGCAGCUAGCAUCUUGGGAUUUUCGUUACAGUACUUGGAAAGCGCUCAAGUUUCUGAAGUACUAGUUGAAGUAGCAGAUUCAACCUCCUCUUCUACUUGGACCACAAGACAUGGGUCUACUCUUGCCAUAUCAUACAUGCUAAGACAUAAUGCUGCCAUAGUUUGUGCGGCACCAUCGUUUACAAGCAUCGUUGAUUCUCUGAAAAAAUCUUUGAAGGAUGAGAAGUUCCCUGUUCGUGAAUCAUCAGCUCGAGCUUUUGGAAGACUUUUACUAUAUCAAGUCCGAAACGAUCCUUCGAACACCUCAGCACAUGUUGCAAUUUUGAACUAUGUGGUACUGGGAAUGCAGGAUGACUCAAGUGAAGUCAGAAGAAGGGCCUUGAGUGCUUUGAAGGCAGUUUCCAAAGCUAAUCCACAAGGGAUCUUAAUUCAUAUUUCAUUAUUUGGACCUGCGCUUGCUGAAUGCUUAAAGGAUUCAUCUACACCUGUUAGGCUUGCUGCAGAAAGAUGUACCCUGCACAGCUUCCAAUUGUCAAAGGGCACAGAAUAUGUUCAGGCUGCACAAAAAUACAUCACCGGCUUGGAUGCUCGAAGAAUAGCAAAGUUCCCAGAACACAGUGAUGACAGUGAAGACGGUGAAGACGGUGAAGAUAGGACAAUUGGCUGAUUAAAAUUUAUCGAUAGUGUCUUAAUGCCAAAUGGUUGUGGGCCAGUGCCAAAAUCUGUGAAUCCUUUUUUUUGUUGUUAAGAGGAAAAUAUACACAAUAAAUAGUCGAAGAUACGCACCACACCACACCACACUGCACGACUACAAUUCUUGUUCGGAGCAGUUAUUUCUGUUAUCGUAAAUUGCCGGUGCAAUUUCUAGCAGCCAAUUUCCAUAUUUUACCAGAACUCAGAGUGAGCUCUUGUUUGUUUCUAUAUAAUGUUUUGUAGGGCGAUGAAUUUUCUUCUGGGUAAUGCCAAAAUUGUAGUGCUUCUGGACUCUUACGUAUCGUUUAUUGAAGUUCAGAAUUUACGUGUUUUUUUCUUU